AUGUCCUCACCGAGAUCGGUUGCAGUUGCCGUCAGUGGCGGCUCCGGCGCCGCCAAGGGUAGCCGGCGAGCCUUGCUGUGGGCGAUGAAGAAUGUGGUGCCUCAAGCAGAUAGACUCAUCUUAGUUCACGUAAUCCCUAGAAUCACUUCAAUUCUAUCCCCAGCUGGAGAGUAUAUUCCCAUUUCAGAAGCAGACACCCAUGCCUUUGCAGCUUAUGUGCAGGAUGUGAAACAGAAGUCUGAAGAAAUCUUUGUUUCAUUCAAAAAACUAUGUGAAUCAAACACGAUAGAAACCUUUUUGCUAGAAGACGACAAUCCGGCAAAUGCACUUCUUAGCUUUAUCUCGGAGUCUGGGGUACAAAUAUUAGUGCUGGGUUCUGACUCCUCAAAUUUUAUUACAAGGAAGCUAAAAGGACCUGGCAUACCUACUACCAUUCUAAGAUGUGCUCCUGAUAACUGUGAUGUAUAUGUUGUAGAUAGAGAUAGAAUUGUAUCAAAGUUAGCUGAUUCUUCAUCUUCACGUUCUCAUGAAGAAGGCCAAAGGUAUAUCCAAUUAAAUAAACCUGACAAUGGUGCUGGCAUUAGUGGACAAGUGUCUGGAAUCAGUGCAUCCUCUGCAGAACUUAAAAUUCUAAAAAAUUUCAGAUUUCUAUCAAUAUCAGAGCGCAGUUACAUUGGUCUGCAAACUUCUAGUCGUAGGAAUUCGUUUGAAAAUUCUAUUAUAAGUGAAGAAGCAAAUCCAGAAAACUAUGGAGACUAUGUUGAUACUAUCAGUCUCCACUCAUUUGAUUCCAUUGCUUCUGCACAUCGUGAGCCGUUAGUCAUGGAAGAAGUAGAACGGUUGCAGCUGGAGUUGCAGAAUACUAUUGCCAUGUACAAGCAAGUUUGUGAAGAACUGGCUCAUGCUCAAAGUAAGGCCCUUUUACUUUCUUCUGAGUCUCUUGAAGAAGCUAAAAUCAUAAAUGCUUCCUUAAAAAGAGAGGAGACAUUGAGAAAGAUUGCCGCUGAAGAGAAAGCAAAGUAUUUAAAAGUCAUGAAGGAGCUCGAGGAGUCAAAAAGUAUGUUUGCCAAAGAGUCAUAUGAAAGGCAAAUGGCUGAACUUAAUGUCCUUAAAGAAUCCAUAGAAAAACAGAGAAUUGUCGAUACAUUGCUCUCAAACGACAGGAGAUACAGAAAAUAUACCAUGGAUGAAAUCAAGAUCGCUACAAACAACUUGUCCGAGGACUUGGUAAUUGGUGAAGGAGGAUAUGGGAAAGUUUACAAGUGCAAUCUUGAUCACACACCAGUGGCUGUGAAGGUUCUGCAUCAGGAAACAAUCAACAAGAAAGCGGAGUUUCUGAAAGAGGUUGAGGUUCUUAGUCAACUACACCAUCCAAAUAUGGUUUUGUUACUCGGGGCCUGUCCUGAGAAUGGUUGCCUUGUUUACGAAUACCUCGAAAACGGAAGCCUAGAAGACUAUCUUCUCAACAGAAAUGGAAAACCACCACUUCCUUGGUUUUUUCGAUUCCGUAUAGUUUUUGAAAUGGCCUGUGGUCUAUCGUUCUUGCAUAAUUCGAAGCCAGAGCCUAUUGUCCAUCGAGAUAUAAAACCCGGAAAUAUCCUGUUAGACAGAAAUUAUGUUAGCAAAAUUUCAGAUGUCGGACUUGCUAAACUCAUUUCAGACGCUGUACCUGACAAUAUCACAGAAUACAGAGAGUCUGUGCUUGCCGGUACUCUUCAUUACAUGGACCCAGAGUAUCAAAGAACCGGCACCGUUAGACCGAAAUCCGAUAUAUAUGCUUUUGGAGUAAUAAUUCUUCAGUUGAUAACUGCUCGCCAUGCACGUGGGCUUAUCAUGACUAUUGAAAAUGCGAUUACAAAUGGAUCCUUUCGUGAUAUUUUAGAUAAAUCAGCUGGAGACUGGCCACUGAAUGAGACAAUUGAAUUGACUGAAAUUGGCCUUAAAUGCACUGCCCUUAGAUGCAGAGAUAGACCAGAACUUGAUACUGAAGUUCUUCCACUGCUCAAAAGGCUAUCUGAUAUGGCAAAUGCUAGUGUCAAGAUAGGAACAAAGAGUGUAUCCACUCCAAGCCAGUAUUAUUGUCCAAUCCUUCAGGAAAUCAUGGAUGAGCCGUAUAUUGCCGCGGAUGGUUUCACUUAUGAGUACAGAGCAAUCAAAGCAUGGUUGAGCAAGCACAAUGUGUCACCAGUAACAAAGCAUAAACUCCAGCAUUCUGAGUUGACUCCAAAUCAUACUUUACGUUCUGCAAUUCAAGAGUGGAAGUCAGAAGUGGCCUUACUUGAUCAUCAAUAG